AUGACAAGACAGCAACCUCCUAGAUGGGCCAUUGCGACGGCAACCCUUUGUCCUUGCGUGGCUGCGGUGAUGUUAUUCUUCGGUUUGUACGGCGGUAUGGCAUGUGCGUUAUUGUCGUCGAUGGCAAUAGUAUUAGGUUCAUCAUGGCGGGUUGCCGCGUUGCCGGCGGUGUUAGUGGCACUGUAUGGUGUAUACGAGUCGGCGUGGAUGUUGCGCGAGUUGUUUCCGUGGAACGAGCCCUACGAGGACUGGACGAGUCGCGAGACCUACACGACUGUUGCGUUGGCGGGUGUGCUAGGAGUGCUAAGCGUGAUGCUGGGACUGGCUGCGAUGAUCGCGGCCGUGCGAGCACCAAUCUACAAACAGCGCGGCUCACCUCGCAGAAAGCGCAACUCCACCACUUCCGACUCAACGGCGUCGCCAUCGUCGCCUCAACAACAGAUCAUUGUUACCCAGUACCAACCCAACAACGAGUCACCUCGACUAAGCUCCCCGAGAUUAAGCUCGCCUCGUCUAACCCCCACCAGAAAACCCGAACAACCUAGGCUCUCCACUACUGCCGUCCAACCGACUACUAACUCCGUGGCCGCCGCCGCCGCCACCGCUGCUAAUGCUAAUGCUACUAGACACCCGGCUCAACUACAGGCACCCGUUACUGUCGUGCAACGGACACCCAGCGGCACCAUCUAUACUAACAGCGGCGUGAUCCUUCCUUCUGGUGAAGUUUACACCGAGAUCCGUUCAACCAAGACCCAGGCCGGUGUUGCCCCCGCGCAUCCUGCAAUCACAUACGCCGUACCCGCUCCGGCCCCUACACCGGUGCUUGCCCCGAUGCAGGCACAGGCACCUCUGCAGAUGCCCAUGCAGACCGCUCCCAUGCAACAGCACAUGAUGCAGCCCCAGCAACCGCCCGUACAGCCUCAGCAACCGCCCGUACAGCCUCAGCAACCGCCGAUGCAGCCGCAAGUACACGUAAUGCCUCAGCAGCAGGCACCCAUGAUGCAGGCCCCCAUGCCACAAGCCCCCGUUAUGCAUCCAACCCCCGUUAUGCAGCCAACCCCCGUGCAACCAGCCGGGGCUCAUGUUCACGUCACUGUGACUCCGCAGUAG